UUUGGUCACAUCUGCCAACCUUUCGAUGCACCUCAUUUCCUCGGCAACAGACUCACAGGGUUUCGUCAAGUAUACUACCCGAGACGACCAGCUUGAUAGAUCAAUUUUCUUUGCGAUUGUUUAUUUUCUUUUAUCACGCUCAUCCCACUUCGCACUGCUCCAAAAUGGAAGAAUAUCUAUAGGUGUGACUGUAGAUGGCUAGGCUUUCUCUUUCGCUCUGGCGAAUCACAGAUCUGCCCAUCGCAACAUUGGAUACUCUUCCAUAGAUGUAUACGUUGAUACAGAGCGGCAUAUCUCGAGAGAGAUUAAAGGGGACCAACUCGUCUGCGCCCCGUUGAUAUACUGAGUAGUCGCAAAUUUUUUCUCUUUCCAAGUGUUUGCAUAUUUUAUUUCUCUCGGCUCUCUAUCCCAAGUGACAGAGGCACAAAAAACCCAGAGAGUAUUCAGUGAAAAAUGUGAAAACUUUGUCGUCUUCAGCAUUACCAGUGUGUUUCCCAUUGUUGCAAACGGCCAACCCAGUCUAAUCGGAAUAAAAUCCGCAGAACAUUCACAUGGCAUUGUGGGGACGGUCUUCGUAUCGCCUACUUAACUGGAGAGCAUGCCGAAGCAUCCGGAAAUACUGCAGUGCUUCCAGCAAUGCUCCGGAUCUCACAAAGAACCGAUAUAAUGUGAAACGAGGGAAUUACGCCGAAUUGUCUCCAGAUGACUUGGCUACAUUUGAAGGAAUUGUGGGUAAAAAUCGUAUCCUUAUCGACGCAACUGAGGUUGAAUCGUACAAUAUCGACUUUCUAAAAAGCGUGCGUGGAUACAGUCGCGUGGUGCUAAAGCCCAAAACAACCCAGGAAGUAUCUGAGAUAUUAAAGUACUGCAAUAAGCGCAAGAUCGCAGUAUGUCCGCAAGGAGGCAACACUGGCCUUGUGGGUGGUUCAGUGCCAGUCUUCGACGAAAUUGUCCUCUCCAUGCAGGCCAUGAAUAAAAUCGAGGCAAUUGAUGGCGUUUCAGGCAUUGUAGUGUGUCAAGCAGGGAGCAUUUUGGAGCAACUUGAGGAAAAGGUGCACGAACAGGGACUCUGCAUGCCACUCGAUUUGGGCGCUAAAGGAUCCUGCCACAUUGGUGGAAAUGUCUCCACUAACGCCGGAGGUCUGAGACUUCUGCGCUACGGAAAUUUGCACGGAUCCGUGUUGGGUGUGGAAGUGGUGAAAGCGGAUGGAACUAUUCUUGACCUCAUGUCGAACUUCAAGAAGGACAACACGGGAUAUCAUCUGAAGCAUCUUUUUAUUGGCUCAGAAGGAACUCUUGGGAUUGUCACGAAAGUUGCAAUUUUCUGUCCUGCUGCGUCAAAAGCCAUAAAUCUGGCAUUUCUCGGACUAGAAAACUACGAAAAUGUCAUGAAGACAUUCUUAAUGGCUAAACAACAACUAGGAGAGAUUCUUUCGUCGUGUGAAAUGAUCGAUGCCGAAUCGCUAGAGUGUAGCACAAAACCCUUCAAUCAUCCCUCGCCAAUCGCCGACUAUCCUUUCUACAUGUUGAUUGAAACGUCCGGAAGUCGCGUAGAACACGACGAAGAGAAACUCCACGACUUCCUGAACUGCGCAAUGGAUUCUGGAAUUGUUCUCGAUGGAACCACAACGAAUGACUCCAAGAAAAUGAAGGAUAUUUGGUUUUUGCGCGAAAGAAUUGCUCCUGGCAUCAUUCAAGAUGGAUUUUGCUUCAAAUACGACAUUUCUCUGCCACUCAAGCAAUUUUACGACAUUAUUCCGGCUGUGAAGAAACGCGUCGGCCGUUUAGCAACUCGAGUUUGCGGAUAUGGUCACAUAGGCGACUCAAAUUUGCACCUCAACGUGAGUUGUCCGGAAUUCACACAGGAAAUCUACAAACUUCUCGAACCCUUCGUGUAUGAAUUCACGAGUGAUUUGAAAGGCAGCAUAAGUGCAGAGCACGGAAUUGGAUUCCUCAAGCCGAGUUACCUGAAAUACUCCAAGAGUCCUGAAGCUUUGGAUUUAAUGCGCGAAAUGAAGGCUGUCCUGGAUCCCAAUGGCAUACUCAAUCCAUACAAAGUGUUGCCCAGAAACUCGUGAAUCUUGAAUUCGAUAGACUUGAAAAAUAAACCUUGUUGAGCAUUCUUGGCUUGACUUCCUUUACUUAAAAUCAUUGUGAUUAUUUCAAGAUGCCAAGAAUUCGUGGAUUUUCUGUGCAUUUUUUCUUAUUGUACCUAAAUAUUACCUUCAUUCAAAUACAAUAUUUGUGACUUUGAAAGACUGACUUUAUCUCUUAAGCACGGUUUACAGAAGAAUCAUAACUACAGAGAGUAAUUCAA